AUGGUGCAGUUCGUCCCAGCCUCCUCCCAGACGCUUGCCCCGAGGAGCCCUUUGGAUGUCUUGACCGAACAAUCGGACAAGCUGAUGCUGAGGAUCCAUCACAUGUACAUGGUCAUCGAACAAGGGCAACAGGACAUGAAGAACCUUUCCGAGAAAAUUGAGGAAUAUCAGAGGGACUUGUCCAGGUACGUGCCGGGGUCAGGUCAAUAUGUUCAGCUUAUGGAGUUAGUCCAGCAGGCAGAAGAUGAUAUCACGAGGCUACGGGCUCAGGGGAUUAAGAUUCUGAAGACGAUCCAAAGAGGGAGCGAGCAUUUCGAUCAGUAUAUGGAAUCGAUCGGGCUGGAUAUUGGCAAAGGCUGUGGACCCGAUUAUGGUUAUGCUCAGAGAAUUGCCAUGGAUGAUUUCGAUGAGGACCCAGAGCUAGAUGCCAAAGAGGGCUGGACUGAAGCUCCGUUGGUGCCGCGCGACUCCGUGCCGGCGGAGACUCUGGUGCUGGAAACGAGAUAA